AUGCCAUACACGAACAACUCUUGGAAAUCAGACUUGUUCUCGGGGAAAGUCGUCCUCGUGACAGGUGGCGCAGGCACUAUUUGCAGACAACAGACCGAAGCGUUGAUCCAACUCGGAGCCAAUGCAGCCAUCAUUGGGCGAAACGUGUCAAAAACUGAGAACGCUGCCAAGGAGAUGAGCUCUAUCAGGCCUGGUGCCAAGGUGAUCGGUUUGGGAGGCGUGGAUGUCAGAAAUGUGAACGACUUGGUUAAGGCUGUAGAAAGAACUGUUCAGGAACUGGGAAAGGUGGAUCUGGUUAUUUGUGGUGCUGCAGGCAACUUCCUUGCUGAUGUGAAUCAUCUCUCAUCCAAUGCGUUCAAAACGGUUGUGGACAUUGAUCUUCUUGGUUCUUAUAACACGAUAAAGGCGUGCUACGAACAGCUGGUCAAGAAUAAGGGAAGUGUGAUUUUCGUAUCUGCUACUCUUCACUACUACGGACUGCCAUUCCAGGCCCAUGUGUCUGCAGCCAAAGCCGGAAUUGAUGCUUUGAACCAGGUCUUGGCGGUGGAAUUGGGACCUGUUGGCGUGAGAUUCAAUGUCAUAGCUCCUGGUGCUAUUGGGGGAACCGAAGGUUUUGAUAGACUCAACCGGGAAUCUAUUGAUGCCAUCAAGGCGAGAAUCCCAUUGCAAAGACUGGGUACCACUUCCGAUAUCGCUGAUGCAACGGUGUUUUUAUUUUCGCCUGCUGGUGAUUAUAUUACGGGAACUAUUACUGUAGUCGAUGGUGGGUUGUGGCACACCGGAAAUGGAGGGUUCAACUCAAAGUAUCCGGAAGAUGUGAAGAAGCUUGCACUCGCAAAGCCAAAGCUGUGA